AUUCAACAUUAUAAUCAAAUUGAUAAAAUUGGUAUCACGAUUUUUUUACAAUCAGUUAUUUCGAAACAGUUGAAUCUGGUUCAUCAGAGGUUUGAUACAGAAUGACCAUAGAAUAUUUUCAUCCAAUCACACAUGAAACCAGAAAAUUCAUAUGGAGUAAAUAUGAGAAGACAGUGGAGGGUGCAGAACAAGAUAUAGCAAGUCUCAGAGAAUGGAUGCUCUCUCAACCUCACUUACCUGAUGAUUUGUCAGAAAGACAAAUAAUGAGUUUGUUGCUGUUGGGGAGAGGAAGCAUAGAGAAGACGAAGAUGAAAAUUGAUAUGUAUUACACAAUGCGAUCUCUGUAUCCAGAUAUAUUUGAGAAUUCACACCCCCAAUCGCAGAGAAUGAAAGAAGCUUCAAAAUUCAUGUACAUUUGUCCGCUGCCAAAACUGUUCGACAAAAUCAACAGAGUGUUGGUAUUGAAGCUGAAAGACAUAGAUCCCGCUGGGCUUGAUCCAUCUGCGGUUUUCGCUCGCUUGAUCAACGUUGUCGAGAUCAGGCUGAUGGAGGACUUCUGCUUCGGACAUCUAGUCAUCAUGGACAUGCAGAACUGCAAACUAGGACAUUUGGGCAGAAUCACGCCGACGUUCGUGCGAAACGUGUACACAAUUGGUGAGAAAGCCCUGACGACUAGAGUAAUCGCAUUGCACAUCAUCAAUGCACCAGCUUUUGUGGAUCAAACUGUUCUAAUCAUCAAAUCGAUUGUCAAACCAAAGCUAGCUCAAAAGAUUUUCGUUCACAAAGAUAUGGAAUCUGUUCUUGAGUCACUUGAUAAAGAUGUCAUCCCAAGAGAUUAUGGUGGCCAUGAGAAAUCUUUAGAUGAGCUCGAAGCUGAUUUUGAGAAGAAAUUCGAAGAGUACGCAAAUUUCUUCGAUCAGAGACAGAAAUUGACAGUCAAUGAGAAUUUGAGACCUGCAAAGAAUAUGAACGACGAAGUUCUUGGCUAUUAUGGAAAUUUCAAGAAGUUGGAUGUGGACUAAUUCUUUGUUGAAGCCAAAGAGAACGAAGUCAUCUAGAUCUGAACUGAACCUGAUGAAUUCAUCUGGAAAAUAUCUUAUUCUUGCAUAUCUGGAUCUGAACUCAACCUAAUAAAUUCAUUUGCUAAAUAAA